GGGGCGGAAGUGGCGGGCGGCGGUGGCGGAAGUGUCUGCGCGCUGGGGGCUCAAGAUGAAUUCCAGAGGCACUGCUUCUCUGUUGAAGGAUAGUAUCCCACUUACUGAGUUUUCAGCUUCAGGGCCAUUUGAAGGUCCUGAUCUUCUGCGCAGAGGUUUUACAAGUGUGAAAAGUGAAUUGUUGCCCAGUCACCCACUGGAGCUGACAGAAAAGAAUUUCCAGUUAAAUCAAGAUAAAACAAACUUUACCACGCUGAGAAAUAUUCAAGGAAUCCAUGCACCUUUAAAGCUGCAGAUGGAAUUCAGAGCAGUGAAACAGGUCCAGCGUCUCCCAUUUCUUCACAGUUCAAAUGUGGCAUUGGAUACUCUGAGGGGAAAUGAUGAAUGCAUUGGUUUUGAGGACAUCCUUAAUGAUCCUUCACAGAGUGAGGUUAUGGGAGAACCACACAUGAUGAUGGAGCACAAACUUGGUUUAUUGUAACAAAAUAUACUCCACAAAAAUGUUUUGUGUCUUUCUACUGCAGAUCUAAAUACAUGAUACUAAAUUGACACUAACAGUGUUAAACAGUCCUACAGUUAUCAUUUGCCUUCCUUGGUGAAAAGGCACAUUAAAUGUUUAAAAUCUGUAAAUUGUUCUGUGCUUAUCAAUCAAGUAAAUGUCCUGUAACUAAGUAGUUUAAAUGUCUUUUCAUACACUGCUCAGGACAAUAGCUUCUUAAAUAUGGAAAUGCUAUAUAUGUACACAAGAAAUCCAGAAAUACCCAUGCAUUUGAAAACUGACUGCUGUAGGUUAAUUUAAUGGCUGUUCUCGUGAAAGAACUUAAGAGGGAAAGGAAGGUAUUUUCCAUUGAGUAACUCUUUGUUCAUGCAAAUUUCCAUACACUUUUUAAACUAUUGAAUAAAAGUUUGCUAUAAAUGCU